AUGUGCUGCAGCGAGUGCGGCUGCUACGACGCAUUCUGCGACCGCUGCUGCCCCUGCGUCUCCUCCGGCGCGCGCGACACCAUCCUCUGCUGCGCGUGCUGCCUCGCCGUCCUCGCCGGCGUCGUCCUCCUCCUCGUCCUCCUCUUGGCCUACUGCUUCAUCCGCCACGCCGAGGUCGCCGUCGUCGACGCCUCCCUCACGCGGCUCGCGCUGGCCACGUCCCCGGCCACCGCCUUCGCCUACAACCUCUCGCUCACGCUCACCGUCCGGAACAGGAACUGGGCCAUGAGCGUCAGGAACACCCAGCCGCUCGAGGCCGACUACAGCUUCGACGGCCAGCGCUUCGAGCGGGUCAGGCUCGCCGACGAGGGCUCCACGCACCCCGCUGGCAAGACCCAGGUGCACCACCUCGUCUCCGGCUCCGACGGCGCCUACGUCGCGCUCGGCAACGCCGGCGUGGCCGAGUUCAAGGGGGAGAACAAGACGGGGGUGUUCCAGGUGGAGGUGGCGCUGUCGGGCGAGGUCAGGUACCAGGCGCACUUCACCAAGUGCAAGUUCCAGGCCAAAUGCCCGCUCAAGCUGCAGCUCGCGCCGCCCGGCACGCCGGCCGUCGUCUUCGAGAAGGUCAAGUGCAAGCUCGCUCCGGCGUGCAGAGGUCGGGGGAGUGAAAUUCUCCCCCAUUUUUAA